AAUAUAAAAAUGUCUAUGUCUAGAGAAUAUUAUAAUGUUAUAUCACAACCAUCUACUGAUGUAUUAGUGCAUCUAGAUACAACUCGUAGAAAAGCCCUAGCAAGUCUUGACGACUCAUCUAUUAAGCAGUUCCAUUUCCGGACCUGUAUAAUAUCAGGUGUCGGAUUUUUUACUAGUGCAUACGAUCUUUUCGUCGUUAAUCUGAUUUCAAACAUACUUGGAUAUGCCUAUUAUGAUAGUGAUUAUUUCAGUAAAGAUACUGUUCCUACAAAUUUGGAUACAGGUAUAAAAACUUCAGCUGCUAUAGGAAACAUAGUUGGUCAAAUAUUGUUUGGAUGGAUGGCUGAUAGAUAUGGUCGUAAAAAAAUAUAUGGAAUAGAGCUUUCGAUUAUGAUUGCUGCUACUGCAGGAACAGCUCUCGCUGCAAAUUCCUUUUCUAUGAGCAUGUUUGCCGGAAUUAUAUUUUGGCGUAUUGUCUUGGGUAUAGGAGUUGGGGGAGAUUAUCCACUCUCUGCUG